GCAAUUAAUUUUACUUUUAAUUUUUAAAAUACCAACGCAUCCAAUCAAAAGAAAGUAAACGAAGGUGAUUUGUAAGAUUGGCCCUACCCCUGUUAGCAACUUAUUCAACGUGAAUCGUGUGGAUUUCAAAGAUGGCGUCCGUUGCAAACCCACGAGGUCGUGGUAUUGGAAGAGGUAGAGGUUUCGGAAUACCAAAAGGAAAACCAGGAGAAACUCAAACGGCAGAUCCACAAAAGAAUUCUUCAAACGUAAAGUCAUUGGAUGGAUUUGAUUUGGCGAAAGUGCUAAACGAUAAAUUGAGAGACGAAACAAUGGCUACACCAGUUCAGAAAAUUUCGCAGUACAUUUCUGACUCGGACUCUUCCUCGAGAAUCAAGGAAGUAGUUGACCAUUUAACUCAACAAACUAUCAAAAAUAGUGAGUUUGCACCUGUAGCUGCAAAAGUCGCCAACAAGCUGUGCUCUGAUGAAUCCUUCGGAAACGCUUUUAGAGCUGAUCUUUUGAAAAGCACCCAGGAACAUUACAAAAAGAGGCAAAGCAUUCGUGAAAAGUCAUUAGCGGAGUGGAUCGGAUUAGCUAGUUUAAUAUGCGAACUUUUUAAUCAUUUACGUAGUACCGACGGCGCGCCGUUAAAACCUUUGGCUGGAGCGGUGCACCAGACCAUGAGUGAACUACUAAGAGAAGGACAGGCUGGCGGUGAAGAAGAGGAGGUGGAUGAGAUUGACUGCUUUUAUGGACAUUUUAAAACAGCUGGAAAACUCUUGGAGAGUGUGAGUCAGGAGAAAGUAGAGGAGCUUGUCACAAAGAUAAGAGAUACCAUACUUGCUGAUAAUACUACUGCCAAGACGAGAUGCCUGUUGAUGGAACUGCUUGAGCUGCGGGCUGGCCAAUGGAAAAUCAGCCCUGACGUGGAUGGUUAUUACUGUGACAUGUUAGCAGACAUUAUGGCUAACCAGUCCUAGACAGAUUUUAAAGUAAAAGCAAUUGUUUAUAAUGCGAAUGUACUUGCACAUGCACCAUGCACUUUGUAGACUGUUGUAGAAUAGAUAUGUAACAAAUUUAAGAUAUCUAUUAUUAAGGGGAAGGGAAAACAGUAGCCUUUUACACAUAGGAGUAUUAUUGAUCUCAUAGCAGUCAAUAGACCUUUUUCGCUUGGGCAGUUUGUUGUCCCAUUACAGACCACGUGAUAUUCUCUAGAGAAUUGUU